AAUGUAUGGAAUUGAUUGAGUGAAUGACAUGAAUGCAAUAAUGGCUUAAUUGUUAAUUGAAAUCUAAUUGAUGUAAACGUAUUAAUUGAUUUGAAUUUGAUUACAAUUGAAGCAAACAAUCGGUGUUUUGAUGUAAUGUUUGUUUGACUCAAUUGUUUAGCAAAUGUUGUAAACAUUGAGUUAUGUUUUGAUUUUAAUGAUUAUCAUUGAAAUGGUGUAUCACUUGUGAUCACAUCCCAAAUGGAUAUGUCUUUGCCUCGAAACCAAUCACUUCUGGAGAAGUGGUUGGAAGACAUGCCUAACAGUAAUAAUUCAGUGAAUGUCAAGAAAGAGAGGAAAGAUGUGUUUCGCGACAUAUUUGCCACCAAUUCGUCGUCGAUGUCAUCAAACAUAUUGAACGGCUUCUCGAGUGGAUUCUUCGGUGGAUCUAAUUUAUCGAUGAAUGGGUUGACACAAACCAAUGAUAACUCAAUGACCGCAACCAAUAAAAAUGUGACGACAAAUACAACUGAUUCAAAGACAAAUGAUGAUCAAAAUGAAGACAAGUUAUCGGAGAAUGCUGUGGAUGUGACCAGUAUUAAAGGCAUAUUCGGGUGGCAAUCAGUCAAUGACAUACCAUUACCAGUGAUUCUCCGUGAAGAUGAAAAACUGGUUGCCGUCAGAAUUGUUGAAUCAAAGGUGAUAGCUAAGUUCAGUGCAUAUCUGCCGUGGAAUGUGUUUUCAUGUAUUAACAUAAAGAGUUAUUAUGUGACCGACAAUGAGUCUCGACUUCUUAACGAUAUAAACUCGAAUCACUGCGAACUACAGUACGGUUGCGAACCGUUUACUACAAAAGAUGUGGUCGUCUGUAUAGAAGAUGUCAACACAUUAUAUAAAUUUUUAAGUACCAGUAAAGAGAUAUUUCAUUUCGGACUUUCCAAGAGUGGUAUUGAUUGGUUGGGUUUCAUCAAUAUUUCCGGUUCCCAUAUAAUCCCAUAUAUUGCCAAAAGAAACGAAAAUUCAAAAGAAGUGGCUAAAUAUGUGCCCAAAUCAUUAGUUCAACAGAUAGUACUGUUAGUUAAAGUGGAUAAGAUUGAGAUGACUGAAUGGGACGCCAGUUAUUUACGAAUGCUAUGCACUUAUGCAUCACUUGAUCACAUCCAGAUCCAGUCCAAUGACUCACUGUGUCUUCUCUCAGACCUUAAAUGGGAUGCAUCUCUAUGUCCUCUACACAUUGAAGAGUGCAGUCCUCCUAACUCUAAGCCUACAAGCAGUCCAACUGUGUAUUCAAGUUCUUCAGCAUUGUCCCGACCAUCUACUCAGACAUUAAAUGACUCCAACAAUUGGUUGAUGACAUCCCAGACAACCAAUUCAUCAAAUGCUUUGCGUGGAUUACAUCAGAUUACAAGAGCCGAAAUAAAUGGUUUUUCUCUUAAAGCAAUUAACUUAAAGCCAUACUCAGCACAACAAGCAGUGUUUGUUAGUGAUGUGGUGACCAAAAUGUUUAGAGGCGUCUCUAUAUUAACAGCUCAUUACAUACUUGAAAAGAUACUUCAAGUCAAGCUAUAUGAGUGCACUCGACUACAUGAGGACGCAUUUGUGAGAAGUGGUGUCCGACCUCUUCAGGGCGACAAAUUGGUUGCCGUUGAUGUCCUGAGAAGAUGUUUACCACAAUUACGUGAAAUUAUUAUCGCAGGAAUGCCAGCCAUUCCUCAUACAUAACAUUAGUUUAAUUUUUACUUUUCAUACCACUUGUAAAUAUAUUUUAACUAAUUUAUUAUUUUAAAGUAUUUUUCA